AUGGCGCCAUCUGGAUCGACCCCCCCUCCCCCUCCCCUGAGCCAACCCUCGUCGGUUCCUCCGCUCGCUGCGCUCGCGCUUCCGCAUCUCACCGCGGCGGGCCUUCCCCCACAGCGCGCCGAGCCGUUCCUCCGCGCCCUCACCGCCCUGCUCCACUCCUGCGCAGUAAACGGCCUCUCAAUUCCCGCCACGUGGCAGCAUGUGGCGCGUUCGCUGCUGCGGCCCGACGUGCCGUUCCCCGUGCACGAGCUUCUCUACGCGUCCGCCUUCGCCACGUGGCGCGAGCGCGCGCUCGGACCGCCGCCAGUGUGGACGCCGACGCGGGAGGAGGCGCGGCAAACCAAUUUAGGCCGCCUUCUGGAUAGCAGCGAGGGCAGGAAGCUUCUCGGAAAGCCCGCCCACGGGCCUGUAGACCUGCCGGGUGACUUCCUGCUGUUGCAGCGACUCUCGUACGACCGACCAGAGCUGUACUGGCCAAUCGUUCUCCGCCACCUGGGCAUCAUCUUCCACAAGCCCCCUCAGAAGAUCUUUUCCCUGCCCGAGGAUCCCAAGGAACGCCUUCAGCUGCCCGGAGGGCGCUGCUCGGUCGCCCAGUCCCUGCAAGCACGUGGCAUCGGCCCAGGCGACCCUGUGGCACUGGCGCUGCCCAUGACGGUGCACUCCCUGGCGGCCUACCUGGGCGUGCUGCUGAUUGGUGCAGCCGUGGUGUCCAUCGCUGACAGCUUCUCUGCUCGCGAGAUCGCUGCUCGUUUGAAGAUUGCCAGGGCCAAGGCCAUUGUCACACAGGACUUCAUUCCACGUGGCGGAAAGCUGCUGCCACUCUACACCCGGGUGGUGGACGCGGGUGCGCCGCCCGCCAUUGUGCUGCCAGCCACUGAGGGAGCGCCACGUGUCGCGUUGAGAGAGGGCGACGUGUGGUGGAGCAGCUUCCUGGCUGAGGGGCAGCAGAGAGCAACAGAGAGAGGCACCAGCAGCGUGCCAUGUGUCAGCAUGCCAGUGGACGCCACUAUCAACAUUCUUUUCUCCUCCGGCACCACUGGCACCCCCAAGGCCAUCCCAUGGUCAGCCCUGUCAGCCAUCAAGGCUGCUGCAGAUGCCUGGGCGCACCACGACCUCAGGGGCAUGCGGCGCUCCACACAGGGGGCAGAGGGGAGUGAGAGGGAGCGACAUGGCAAUUCACAGCAGCAGCAGCAGCAGCGGCAGCAACAUAAGCGGGUGGUGGGAGGCGACGUGGUGUGCUGGCCAACGAGUCUGGGGUGGAUGAUGGGCCCGUGGCUGCUCUUCGCCGCUCUGCUCAACCGCGCCACUAUCGCUCUCUUCAAUGGCUCGCCUCUCACCCAAGGAUUCGCUCGCUUCGUGCAGGACGCGCGCGUGACGGUGCUGGGGGUGGUGCCCAGCCUCGUGCGCUCCUGGAAGGCUUCAGGCUGCACCAACGGCUGUGAUUGGUCACACAUUCGUGUCUUCUCCUCCACAGGAGAGGCCUCGCUGCCAUCGGACUACCUGUGGCUCAUGGCACGCGCCUGCUACCGAGCGCCCGUGCUGGAGUACUGCGGGGGCACUGAGAUCGCCGGGGCCUUCCUCACCGCCUCCCUGCUGCAGUCCCAGGCGCUCUCCUGCUUCAGCACCCCCGCCAUGGGGUGCAGAGCGGUGCUGCUGGGUGCGGAGGGGGACGGGGGUGAGGGAGUGGAAGGGGGUAGUGGUGGGGGAGCGAGAGUGGUGGAUCCUGGGGAGUGGAGGAAGGGAGGUGGCGGGGGUGCUGGUGGAAUGGAGGGCGGGGAUUGGCUCAUGGGGGAGUGUGCGCUCAUGCCUCGCAUGCUGGGAGCUUCGUGGAAGCUUCUGAACGCGGAUCACUACAGGGUCUACUUUGAAGGCAUGCCGGAGUUUCACGGCCAGGUGCGCCCCCAACCCAGGUGCGCCCCCAACCCAGCCGUAUUUUCUCACCACCACAUGCCCCCAUCACCACAUGCCCCCAUCAACCCAUGCACUCAUCACCCCACCACCCAUCCCUUGUGCUUCCCCCCCCAGCGGCUGCGGCGGCAUGGGGAUGCGGUGGAGUGGGGGGCGGGGGGCUACUGGCGCGCACACGGCCGCACCGACGACACCAUGAACCUCGGCGGCGUCAAGGUGGGGUCGGUGGAGGUGGAGCGGGUGUGCAACACAGCCCACCCUGCCGUGUCAGAGACAGCAGCCAUUGGCGUCGCGCCACAGGAUGAUCUGAGGAAGGUGUUUUCUGCUGCUCUCCAGGCCCAGCUGAAUCCGCUCUUCAAGGUGGCAGCUGUGUGGGUGGUGCCAUCGCUCCCCCGCAAUGCAUCCAACAAGGUCAUGCGCCGUGUGCUGCGAGACCACUUCACCCAAAGCCAUCCCACCAUGCCUGCCACCACGCCUCCACCUCGGGGGCUUGUUGGAACAGAGGGCCGCCCUACCUCUCGCCUUUAA